CGCUGUGUGUGAGAGAGAGGCAGAGUUUUACCGAUUGGUCCUGUGUGCUAGCCACUUGAGGGACUUUUUAUGCUGUAGCUCGCGCUCGUUUGCAAUUUUUUUUCAUCACCAUGUCGGUGGCUUUUGCACCUCACAGACAGCGAAAGGGUGAUAUCACACCCGCUGGAAUACAAAAGCUACUUGAUGAAAACAACCAGCUGAUCCAGUGCAUAAUGGACUUCCAGAGUAAAGGCAAAACAGCAGAGUGUUCACAUUAUCAGCAGAUGCUGCACAGAAAUUUAGUGUAUCUGGCCACGAUAGCGGACUCCAACCAGAACGUGCAGUCUCUCCUCCCCGCUCCACCCACUCAAAACAUGCCCAUGGGCCCCGGUGGCAUGAACCAGAGCGGACCCUCUCCCCAGCCCCCUCACGGUCACAACAUGCCCUCCGAGGGCAUGGUGAGCGGUGGCCCUCCAGCCCCCCAUAUGCAGAACCAGAUGAACGGACAGAUGCCUGGGCCCAAUCACAUGCCCAUGCAAGGCCCGGGUCCAGGUCCCAACCAGCCUCCCAACAUGCCCAGCGGCUCCAUGAACAUGCCGCCCAGCAGCCACGGCUCCAUGGGCGUUUACAAUCACGCAGUCCCCUCCUCGCAGGGCAUGCCGGCUCAGAGUCAGAUGAACAUGACCCAGGGCCAGCCGAUGGGAAGCUACGGGCCUCGGCCAAACAUGAACAUGCAGCCCAAUCAAGGCCCCAUGAUGCAUCAGCAGCCUCCGUCGCAGCAGUACAACAUGCCCCCUGGCGGCGGCGGGCAGCACUACCAAGGACAGCAGAACCCCAUGGGCAUGAUGGGCCAGGUCAACCAAGGGAACCAUGUGAUGGGGCAGAGGCCGAUGCCGCCCUACAGACCCCCGCAGCAAGGACCCCCCCAGCAGUACCCAGGGCAGGAAGACUACUAUGGGGACCAGUACAGUCACGCAGGACAGGGAGCCUCAGAAGGUAACGCGCAGUACGGCCAGCAGCAGGAGGCGUACCAGCAAGGCCCCCCGCAGCAGCAGGGCUACCCUCCCCAGCAGCAGUACCCGGGUCAACAGGGCUACCCGCCUCAGCAGCAGGGUUACGGUCCCUCACAGAGCGGCCCGGGACAGUAUCCCAACUACCCGCAGGGCCAGGGGCAGCAGUACGGCGGGUACCGUCCCCCUCAGCCCGGGCCCCCGCAGGGCCAGCAGCCGCGCCCGUACACUUAUGACCAGGGGCACAUGAGGAAAUAAAGAAGCGGGGAUUUGAACCCCUGACUAGCUCUAUAAGAAGCAAAGGGCCAGUAUGGAAAUUACCAGCAAUGAGAAAUGGUCACAGUUUACCUACACAACUCCUCUCUGAUCUCUGAGCUUUGACCUCUGGUCAGCUGCUAAAGCAGACCAUAAUGACGGUUUCAGCUCAGAUCCACCCCGGACACAAACGCGCUUAUCAGUACAAGAUACGUUUUCCCGUCUUUGGGCCAUUUACGCUCUCCAGCAAAAAUGUAUCCCUGUCGAUCGUGCACAUUGGCCUGACUGACGAUGGCAAAGUCGGCGACCUUGCUCCAGCGUCUCAAUGCGGCAAUGCCUUAAAAAAAACAAACAACAACAACAAAAAAAAGAAUGGAACUGCCUUAUCCUUUAGCGUUGAGGAGUGAGGAACGUGACGAGAAAAGUCAAAUGUCAAAUUUUCAGUGUGUCGGGCUGCAUCAGUUCCCUGCCCUUCAGCUCCCUAAUCACAAGAAGCAAUAACGCCUGCAGCGGGGACUUGUUCGGGGGGACUUUAAGACGAAAAUGAUGCAGAUGCACCGGGCGAACUUCCAGCUAGGCCAGCGGUACACGUCUCGUCGUCUGUGUGUCUGUGUGUGUGCGUGCGCGCGCGUGUGAUCAUGUAAAACGAAACAAAACUGUUAUUUUGUGCUUUUUAGAUCAAGCUAACUUUGUAUAAAACGUUGAAAACUAGUACUAAGCCUGUGUCGUUUAUUUUGAGAGGCGUACGUGUCUGUAUUUUCUAAGAUGCUCUUUAACAACAGUGAACCCCAUACAGUUUUCUUUCUUUUUUUUGUCGUUAAAUAGUACGGCUAAUAAAUGGGGUCUGCCGCUCACACGCACGUGACAUGGACCCUGUAUAGAUAAAUAUUUUAUGAAAAAUGCCAUGCACAAAAUUUCCUUAACAACAAAAGCCGAUACGGGCAGCGCAAGUGUCAAGCGGCGCUUUAUUUUUUAUUUUUUUUUCCUUCUGUUUGUUCGUAUAGCUGACAAAGUAAGGCCUUGUUCUUUACCAGUUGUUCUCAGAGAGGUGAUACUGUAUGUAGCAGAUUGUAAGUUAACCUCUGGAGGUUUUUAUUUCUAUUUUCAGACGGCAGCGAUAGCUCGUCUGCAAAGUGGUAAACGGGAAAAGCCCAAACAUGAUUUAUUUUAUACGAUUAGUCCAACAAGCACCCCCUCCCCUGUUUUUUUUUUGUUCUUUCUUUUUCUUUUUUUUGAAGAAACGUCUGAGUUGAUGUCAUUCGAGUAGUGUUUUGUGUGAAUAAUUAAUAUUGUUACUGUCAAAUAUGUAACAUAAUAUGUGAAAAUAAUGUCCUGAAGUGGAUUCCUUGAACACAGUAAAGACUGGUUGUGCAGUUUUUUUUAUAUCACUGGCUUGAUAUCUGUAUUAUGGUGCAUAUUUUAUUGACCCCCCCAUAUGUACAGCAGUGUAAAGACGAGGAGCCGACUGUCCUCUGGUAUUGUUUAUAUGGCUGUUUUAAUAUUUUUCAUUCUGCACCCCAUUCAAGUGGAGGUCACAUAACGUGUCUUGGCAAUGUGAACCGUUCGUUCUAAUAAAUUGGAAGAAUCUUUAA